GAAUCUUGCAAAACCCCCCAGAAGAUUCGUGUUAUUUCCGGACGCUUCGUUGCUUGUCACAUCAGCUCGAUACAGCGUCCCGCAGGCAGAGGUUAGCGGACCAAAAACAGAGCAACUGCCUCUGGCAGUUAAAAGACAAGCAGUUGGUGGCAAUGGGUGACGACUAUUACAGGACUCUUGGGGUGCCGAGAAAUGCAUCUCCAGAUGACAUCAAAAAAGCGUACAGGAAACUAGCUCUCAGGUGGCAUCCAGAUAAGAAUCCGGAUAACAAGGAGGAGGCAGAAAGGAUGUUUAAAGAGCUUUCAGAAGCUUAUGAAGUCCUGUCAGAUGCAGACAAAAGGAAUGUAUAUGAUCGAUAUGGAAAAGAAGGCUUAACUCCAGGGGGAGGAGGAGGAAGAGGACAUUUUAAUAAUGACCACUUUGGUGGAUUCACAUUCCGCAAUCCAGAGGAUGUCUUCAGGGAAUUCUUUGGUGGACAAGAUCCUUUUGCAGAUUUCUUUGCUAGAGAUCCAUUUAACGAUGACUUCUUUGGUGGGGGUCGGCGGCAGCACCAUCACCACCACCACCACCACCAGCGGGGCAUGAGCAGGAGCCGGACAGGAGGGUCCUUCUUCGGGGGCUUUGGGGGAUUCCCACCUUUUGGAGCAGGAUUUUCAUCUUUUGAUGCAGGUUUCUCCCCCUUUGGGCAUAUGGGAGGAGGUGGAGGCGGCGGUGGCUUUACUUCUUUCUCUUCAACUUCAUUUGGUGGAGGGGGAGGUGGCGGAGGCAUGGGCAGCUUCCGCUCUGUGUCAACCUCCACUAAAUUCAUCAAUGGCAGGAAAAUCACUACGAAAAGAAUUGUCGAGAAUGGACAGGAACGUGUAGAAGUGGAAGAAGACGGACAGUUAAAAUCUGUAACCAUAAAUGGAGUGUGUUGCAGCUUGUUUGCCUAAACUAACAAUGCUUUACUUUUUUAUAACAAAACAUGUUUAGUUUUUGCAUCUUUUGGAGUUCAAUCUCCCUAACUAUUAAUCUUUUUAAUUAGAAAUUUAUAUUGAUCAUUUUAAUGUUUAAGGUAUAUUCAAACCAGAAACAAAAAAGACGUAGAGACACUGGGCAGUUUCUUGACAGAGGUAACUUCCUUAAUAUGCCAUUAGCAAAUACAAUGUUAUACUAUAAGCCUUUGAAAGUGUAAUAAAAAUAUAUAGUGUUGUAAAGAGAAGGGUUUGAUAACUACGGUGGGUUUUAAAAAAAAAUGUAAAUUAUUUUAAUAAAACCAAUUAUUGAAACAAUGUCUCAAACUAUUUUGUUAAAUUAUAUAUAGUUAUCGUUUAGAAGUAUUUUGAAUUCUGUGACACAGAAUAACAUUUGUUUGCUGUUUCCUUUUAAUGUCUUUGUUCAAUGCCUUCCAACUCUGCCAAAUGAAGCUGGCUGCAGUGCUUCCAGAUUGCAUGGCUAACAAAACUAACAAGCUUUGUGAAUUUUAUGGUCUCUAAAUGCAUCUCUAUCUCUGGAUGUCAGAGUUAUAGUAUGCAUCACGCGGAACUAUCAUCAUCAAAACAGUUUGGGGAAGCUGUCUGGUAACAUAAAAUAUAAUUGGUUUGAAAAACCUCUUUUUCAAUUCAAGGCACUCAUUAAAACAGUGCUCUCCCCCCUUCUAAACUAAACCAAACCCCUCU